AUGAAUCCAGAUAAACGAAUCACAGAAAUUAUUAAAACCCCAUUGAAACUUAUCAAAGAAAUUCAUGAAAACUCAGCAUCAAGCACGAGAGCAUCUCACCUUACAAUCUCAAACUCAUUCAAAGAAGUAUUUUCAAAUCAAGAAUCAAUUUAUAAAAUACCAUCCAUCACAAACCCAUCAACUAGUCCAAGUUCAUUGCCUAAAUCCACUUUAGUGAGGUUCAGAUGUAUGAUUCAAGAUACCGGUUUAGGGAAAGAAAUUUAUUCAAAUCAAAACUUAACAUCCAUUUAUCAAGAAUCUCAUCAUGAAGAAUUCGAUCCAACUUUGAAUUCGAAUGAAAGUCAAUUUCAGCUUCAAGAACGUGAAUUGAUUUAUUCAGUAGAAAUUCCUGGUGAAUCUGAUUGGUUAAAACAAAAGUUAGAUGGCCCAAUCGAUAAAGGAAUCGAGUUCAACUUAAUGAACACAAUGGAUUUAUCUUCCUCGUCUGAAACCGACUUCCAUAAGAAUGAAGAUCAAUCUAAACUUUCAUCAACACGUGACAAGUUUCCCUUGAAAGGUCAACAACAUUUAGGAGUCUUGUUGAAAGUUUAUGACGAAGAUCAAAAAUUUGAAAUCGAUUCUAUCAAAACUCAUUCUGCCAUUGAAGUUGUCGGAAUUUUGGAUUGGAUCGACUUUGAAAUGCCACUAUGGUUGAAAUUGAUCUUGAUCACUUUGCCUCGAUUUAGAUUCAACUCGAAUACAGAAGAAGAUAUUAUUCCCAAACAAAACCCAGACGACAUUCAGACCAAAAAGGAUUUAAUACCCUGCAUUCAUGUCAUUUUUCAUCAUUCAAUACCUAAUCUUGUCAUUUCGGACCCCAUGACCUCGAACCCGAUUGAAGAAUGCGAAAAAAUCAGGAGUCGUUUGAUAAGAUAUAUCGCUCACAAAGCUUUCAAUAAUGAUGAACUUGCGGCAGAAUAUUUGUUGUGUUCAAUUAUCUCAAACGCACCAAGUGAUACAAAACUUUCAAUUCCAAACGAAACUUUACAGUUGAAUUUAGUCUAUAAGACUUCUUCGCCGUCACCGGAAUCGUUGAUUGCUUUGUUGUCCAAGCUUUUAACAAGAACAGUUACCGUUCCAUUUGAUAUCCCUACCUUGAAUUCAAAUCGACUGUUUCCAAUUUCAAAUGAAGAUCAGAUUGUUUCAGGUUCAUUACAACUCACUUCAACAACACAAGUUAUUUUAAACUCGAUGAAUAUGAACGAAGGAACACUCAACUCAUUAGGAGUCAAGAAUAUAGGAUGUUUGAAAUCUUUGAUAGAAGAUCGAACUUUACUUUAUCAAUUUCCUUUCAAUCAAUUCUUUCUCAAUCUUUCACUUGGAUUUAUUGUUUUAAGCUUUGAAUCUAAGAGCUUUUUGGAAGGAUUUUGGAAUUUACCAGUGGUUAUUGAAAAAGAGAGUCGUGGAUUUGUUGAAGAACCUGAUGAAUUUGAAAUCCAACUUUGGAGGGAAUAUAUUCAAAACUCAAUUCAAAACUUGAAAUCCAUCAAAAUCUCAGAUGAAUUAUCAUCGAAAAUUCAAGAAAGUUUUGUAAAUAUUAGAAAAGGCGCAAAAGAUUUAACAGAAGCCAAUGAAAGAUUAAGUUUAAAUGAAUUUUCAAAUCGAUUAAAAUUAUUAAAAUUAAUUGGGACUCAACUCAAUACAACAGAAUUAAAUUGGUCAAAUUGGGAAUAUGUAUGUAAAUUAGAAAAAGUUAGAAAAAUCAGAUGUUCAAAUCAUUAG